AUGCAGAGAAAGAACCUCGCAGAGGAGACAGAGUUCAUUUUCUUGGGAUUCUUCAGAUUCCAUGAACACCAGAUCACCCUGUUUGUGGUUUUUCUCAUCCUGUACACAUUAACUCUGGAUGCAAAUGCCAUUAUUGUGAACAUCAUCCACAUUGAUCAUCACCUCCACACACCCAUAUACUUGUUCCUGAUCAUGCUGGCUAGUCCAGACAUCAUUCCACAGAUGCUCUCUGGCCUCAUAGCCCAGAACCAGACAAUCUCCUUAGCAGGUUGUACUACCCAAAUAUUAUUCUUUGUUACCUUAGCCAUCAAUGACUGCUUUCUUCUCAUAGUGAUGGGUUAUGACCGUUACGUGGCCAUCUGCAACCCCCUGAGAUACACAAUCAUCAUGGGCAAGAGGGUGUGUGUCCAGCUGAUGUGUGGAGCAUUUGGCAUUGGCCUGGCCAUGGCAGCUGUCCAGGUGACAUCCAUAUUUACCUUACUUUGUCACAGAGUGGUUGGUCAUUUCUUCUGUGACAUCCUCCCUGUCAUGAAACUCUCCUGUAUUGACACCACUAUGAAUGAAAUAAUCAAUUUCAUUGUCAGUUUAUUUGUGAUCCUAGUUCCCAUGGGCCUCGUCUUCAUCUCUUAUGUUCUCAUCAUCUCCAUCAUCCUCAAGAUCGCCUCAGCCGAGGGCCAGAAGAAAGCCUUUGUCACCUGUGCCUCCCACAUCACUGUGGUGAUUGUCCACUAUGGCUGUGCCUCCACUGCCUACCUCAAGUCCAAGUCAGAAAACUCUAUAGAACAAGAUCUCCUUCUCUCAGUGACCUACACCAUGGUCACCCCCAUGCUGAACCCUGUUGUUUACAGUCUGAGGAACAAGGAGGUCAAGGAUGCCCUACACAGAGCUGUGGGUAGAAACAUUUCUUAG